UAUUUAUAUACAAAUAUAUUUAAGAAACAAUAUCACGUCGGCAAGUGAAGUAGGUAAAAUGAAACAACUUCAGUCAAGAUCUUUAAAAUAGACCAUCUUCGCUUAGAAAUAAUUUAUUGAAUUGCUAAUCACAAAUGGAGAUCGAGAACACGUCUUCCACAGAUUCCUCGAGCAAUAGCGAGACAAUGCAGAAUAUCGAUAAUCCGUGUAAAGAGUCUGGCGAUGAACAGAGGAAAAAGAAUCAAGGGGAUCAUGAUUUAACACUGGAUCUACGGAGCGUGCUUCCAAGUUCUGACCCGUGCCCUUCCGAAAAUGAGGAUUCUCUGGAAAAACUCUCUGCCGUUCUCGAACAAUCGGAAGAUUCGAUGAUGUUAGAUGAAGAAGAUAAAGAAUUAACCUACAUUCUUCGGGAACGCAUAGAAUCGCUCAGCGAAAUAAUGAAGACUCUGGGGCAAGAACUGAAAAGGGAAAUAGAGCUUUGGAGAAGGGAAAGAGAAGAGUAUCAACUUUUACGAGAAAAGGACGAUGCGUUAGCUCUGGAAGAAGCAACUGCAGCCGCGCGUGCUGCUGCUGCGGCUUACGCAGCAGAAUCACCAUUGUCUAACACUUUGGAUAUUACUUCCGAGGACGUGUUCAGAGAAUUAACGAUACUCGAAUACGAGAAACGACUGGCGAAAUAUCAAGACGAAUACUCGCUUAGCCAGGCAGAGAAACGUUACAAUGCUUGUUGGAAAAUGAUUGCAAAUGUGUACAAACAAAAAUUGAUAGAAGUGGAACGCCUUUGUAACGAGGAAUUGGAAAAAGUUCAGAAAAAUGUGAAUCAUUUGCAGCCACUGAAGGAUAUGAUAUCACAGUGGUACAUUGAUGAAGAGGAAGGUCAGGGACGCGGCGAUUCCAUUAAGAGGACCGACUUUAUCGGAACCGCACUCAAACCAAAGAAUUUUAACGAGGAUGAUAUACGUAACGAUACUAAUAAGUAUCAAAAGAUCGACGCGGAAGUGAACAUGGCUCCAGAAAUGUUUGCUGCUCGAUUCAAAUCCGACGAUUUAGAGAAAAAGGAUAAAUUUUAUGGAUGAUUUCUAAUCUCUUUGUACGUUCAUUAAAAGCAAUAUAACACGUUUUGUAUGCAUUUAACGUGCAUACGUUUGUGCCUUCUUUUGCACUCGUCCUACGAUUACGUCACGCAUGAACCUUAAAUUUUAGACUCGACUU